AUGCAGACAAAGAUGGUGGUGGUUCACAGGACAGUGGUUUUUUGUCCCUCAGAUCCUGAGGUGACUCACAGACGACCUCCUCGUUAUCACAGACACUCCUCAAUGUUUCGUUCGAACCAUCUACGUAAGAUUAUGCAAAUAGCCUUCUUUGCCUCUCUCUGCUGCGACCAGAAGUCUGAGCAGCCGUCCUGUGUUCUCCUUCAUGACUGGCGUCCACAAAAUACGUCACACUUACAGCACAGUGCACCUGACACAAGGAAGAGGGAAGUACCAGGCUCCGCCUACGCUACUGUCUGCGAGGAAUUCAGCUCUCCCCCCUCCUCACUUUGGUGGAAUGCGGGGCUUAUGUCAGUGAGAGUCAGUCUAACUGAGAAACUGGAGGUGUCUUCACUCCGAGCUCUGGGGCCUAACAGUGAAUGCGGCCGGCGCGUUGACAGCAAACACAAGGCUGGGGUGAACCUGUUAGACAGCUCACAGAAGAAGAGAGGAUGA